ACGAGAUACUCGCUCACACCGCCUUUUCAACGUUUCUCCAGGACCAUCACCUGGCUCGGAUCCUGAUCUUUCGCAAACCAUGUCUUCCGGGCCCCGACUCACUAUCAGCCUCCCCUCUUGGCCCCCUGGCCCCAUCACGAUGCCCAUGACCUACACGACCGGUCCGUCGCUCACAGGCGCCUUCUUUCGCUCGCUCGAGGACGCAUCCAAGGUGUUCUAUGCCGCCGCGCGCGGCGUGCUGCCUUUGUGCUCUGACCGCCUCAACGAAGCCGAGCGCAAGCAAGUCCGGCCCGGCAACGUCUACGUCUACGACAGCACCGCCCUCGUACGAUGGGCAGAUGGAAGACGGUGGGGCGCGAGCAGGGUCAGAGGCUUUUUCCUCUGCUACCCUGAGAAGUCAUCGCGCAAUCGCUACGACCUGAAAAAUCCCUUGGCCAGGGUGGCGUGUACCGCCAAUGUAACGCUGCCCAAUGGACAAAUACGCCAGUGGGGUAUGGUCUUGUAUUUAGACAACUCGUCGCCGCUCACGCCGGUCGGCGACAUCCCAAACGUCGGCGAUACCCAUGUGCCCCCGGGACGUGUCGUUAUAACACAGGGCUCGCAGCAAGGAUCUGAAUUGCACGCCUAUUUCGUGCCUGCUGUCAACGUCCGCAGGCUUCAAGCUAACAGCCACUAGCCACAGUUCAUGUACUCGAGGCCGGUCGAGUGUGUAGAAUAUAUUAGAUGUUUGCUUUGAAAGUC